AUGCGUUCCGUGCUCGCAUUCGCGGCUCUCGCCAUCUCAGGCACCGUUGACUUUGUCGCGGGCAGUGCCUGUAAACCCAGAUCCAGCAAUACCAUCCCCACACUGGCUUCAUCAACUGCUGAGCCAACAAGUUCAGCAACACCCAGCGAUGUUGCCCUUCCAAAGGUGCGCAAUUUGGCCGUCAACGGCAACAUGGGUGAGGUCGACCCUACCGAUCCUCUUGCUGUCCCUGGCUGGGAUGUUGUGGGAGAAGCCAAGAUUGUCGGAGGUCAAGGACGCGAAGUACCAGGGAGUACAGAACGAGGCGCUGCCGCUAUGAGUGCUUCCAACACUGGCGAUGGCAAGCGAGCUAUGGGUAUCUCCGUCAGUAUCUCGCAGACUCUAUCCGCUCUCGACACGACAACACCUUAUACUAUACGCUUCUAUUACCUCGUCAUUACUAGUCCCCAAGCCAUCAACCUCUGCCAAUUGACGGCCUUCCUCGGCGGUGCUGUCUUCUACGAGAACUGGGUGUUCAGCUCCGGCAUGGCCGUGUCGUGGAAUGAGGUUCUCAAAUCUGUCAGUCCGGCACAAGUCAACGCUCCCCUGCGCAUCGAAAUGAACUGUCUUAUCGGUGGCGGAGCGACAGUUCUCGUUGAUUCUGUCUUCAUCUCCAACCUCGUUACACCCCAAACCAUCGACGAUUUCUCCAUUGACUUCGGCAACAGUGGUACUGGCGCCAACCCUCCUCUUGACCCUCCUGCUGUGGGGCCACAGACUACAACAGAUGCUGUACCUACUACAACACAGUCUGAAGAUCAGCAAACCUCAACGCCAGACACCAACCUCGACACUACCACAGGGUUCGAAACUGGAACCCAAACUCAUUCAGCCCCUGUCGUGGCCACAACCAGCACAGACGUCGACCCUCCCUUCUGCUCCAAAUCACUCAACGGAGGAUGCUGGUGGAAGCGUCCUGACAGCGGCGAAGACAUGGUCAACUGCGCCAGUCGUGGCUCCUGGCCGGGUCCUAGCGGUCAAGGCCGUUUGGUUCCCCAACCAAAAGGAUAUCCUAAGCCUUUGAGUCAGCUGUGGUGCCUGGGCUGGUGUUCUCUCUCCCCUGGCUGCAAGUCUGUGGCCCAUGACCCCGACAACAACACAUGUCGCUUCUCUGAGCAUGAAGUUCAGGACGCCGACUUCAUUCAUGGUCCUGACCCCAAUCUCGACACUGAGGGUGUUUUCUACUGGCACGAUCUGUCUUGCUUCAACUGUCCUUGCGAGGAUGAACCAGUCACUACCACAACUAGCCUACCGGAACCGGAAGAGACGACACAAACACACCAACCUACCUCUAAGCCCAGUUCUGAGGUCAAGCUUCCUGCUGCUUCCACCUGUCCUCUAUCUUUGAACGACGGAUGUCGUUGGAACAGUUUGUCACAGGGUGGAAGCAAUCCUCGCUGUGCUUACAGGGGACGAUGGCCAGGAAGUGAUGGUGCUGGAUACGCUGUUGAGAAACCUCACGAUUACCCUAUGGCUUUGAGCCAGAUGUGGUGUGUAUCAUGGUGCUCUCUCUCACCCGGCUGCAGAUCUGCGGCGUGGAUGCCAUCCGAUCGAUCUUGUCGCUUCUCAAGCCACGCCGUUCAUGAUGAUGACUUUGUCAUGGCUCAAGAUCCCAACAAGGAUUCAGUGGCAGAGGGUAUUUACUACUGGCACGACCUCUCUUGUAUGGAUUGUCCUUGUAGGGACGAGUCUACGAGUCAGCCCAGCACAGAGACUAUCGUUGCGUCUACAAGGGAGCCCACAAGUGAGCCUACGGAUGAAGUUACGAUUGCACCUACGAGUCAGCCUCCCACAACCUUUGUCCGCUCCAUCACAUCCAAGCCUGUUUUCCCAUCGGUGUCACACAUAACUCUCUCCCAGGUAGUCACUCCCACGCCUGGCCCUGCUGAGCAACCCUGCGAGUGGAGCAACGGCCAAGGAAUCUGCUACCGACCCUUUGAGAAAGAACAGGGUCCAUGCGGCGGAACGCUCAUAAGAGCAGACCCUCAACAGUACACAAAACUCCCACUCAACUGGACCCCUGCUGUCACAGAACCUGUGCAUUGCGCCAUCCUCUGCCAUACUAACCCCGACUGUCACGCCUGGGGUUUCGAGUGGAGCUCGAACAUGAACUGUGUGCUUGCCCGUGGACAGAGAGAGGUUACAGACCUCCAGGUAGUUUCGUCUGCGCCGCAGUAUCACUGGUACAGCCAUACUUGCUGGGAGUGUCGGGAUUGUGUUAGUGCUUGGGACUGGACGUGGAACACAUGA